AUGGCCUUCGGUUUUGGCGCCCCAGCAGCUCCCGCUGCUCCUUCGGCGUUUGGUAGCUUUGGCACCUCGCCAGCUGCCGCACCAGCUGCUCCUGCCGCUGGCGGCUUCUCGUUCGCGCAACCCGGAGCCGCGCAGCCCGCCGCUGGUACUGCCGGAGCCACGGGAGGUCUUUUUGGUAGCUCCCAGCCUGCUUCUCAGCCUGCGGCUACUGGUGGUCUGUUCGGUUCCACCCCAGCCGCCUCUGCGUCGACCUCGUCCUUGUUUGGCGCCAAGCCAGCAACCGGUGGGUCGCUGUUUGGUGGCCAGCAGCAGCAGACCCAGCCCGCUACUGGCGGCCUGUUUGGCUCGACCUCCGCCCAACCCGCUCAGACCUCUUCGCUGUUUGGUGCCCAGCAGCAGCAGCCCGCCCAGCAGACCUCUUCGCUCUUCGGCUCAACCACUGCCCAGCCUGCCACCAGCAGCAUCUUUGGCGCCCAGGCCGCUGCACCCACCGGUGGCCUGUUUGGUCAACAGCAGCAGCAGCAGCAGCCCGCAUCCUCCAUCUUUGGUGCCCAGCAGCAGCCUGCGCAGACGACUUCCCUCUUUGGACAGCCCGCCGCCGCACAGGCUUCCAACCCCCUGCAGGCCUCCACGACCGCCGGUCCUUCCUCAGGUAUCUCCAAGACGACCAAGUUCUCUGACUUGCCGGACCCCGUGCAGAAGACGAUCGAGCAGAUGGAUGCGUGGAUCAAGGACCAGAAGCAGGUCGGUGCCAGCAUCGACACAGAGAACAUUGGACGCGCUAUUUGGCAGACCUCUGGAGACGUCAAGGCUGCCAGCGAUGCCGCUAUUGCCCAGGGCUUGCACUCGCUCAAGGCCACUCUUGAGCAACUGGCGGAGAAGGUGUCGUCCGAGGCACAGGACCUCCAGAAGCUGCUUGAGACGUGGGAGGCGGCCAAGCCUGCCGACGCGCGUCACGGUGCUGUCCGUCCCGUUCCCCACCGCGACUUUCCACAGGAGUACUUUGGUCGUGUGGCGCAGGGCCUCGAGGAGCGCGUCAACCGUUACAAGAGGACGAUUACUCUUCUGACCAGGGCUGUCACUUCGGUGGCAAACGACAACGAGACUUUGAAUCCUCAAGUCGUUGCACAGACCAUUCAGAACAACCAGCAAGCGCUCAUCUCGCUGGCUGCCCAGCUCGAGGGCUUGCAGCUCCGUAUGAACGCUCUGCGCACCAACUUUACCGAGGACUACCGGGAACGUACAAACUCGAUGCGCGACCCGUUCGAGGUGGCGAGGGAGGAGAAGGGCAUUUCGCUGCUGCGCGCAUGA